AUACAGAAGAGCUUUCUCCAUCGCCGUAAGGCUUGUGACUGCGACACAACUGGGUCCUUCGAGUCGGCCGUCCGCAGCUCUGUCUCAGUUGCAAAGGGCUAGUUCUACUACAAACUCGGUCGAAGACGAAACUGCAGUUGAUGAUGAUGUGAAGGAUUUAAGCCAAGAUAAUUUGCCUCCGGAUCAUGAUCAUGAUCCGUACCACAGUUGCGAGUCUGCAUCUUCGUCUUCGUCCUCCUCAGCCGCAGACCGCGGCGCAGUAAAAAGCCCUUCAUCGUCGUCAUCAAGAGCCUUACAACAUACUAAACCUGGUUGUACGCGGAGGACAUCUUCUACAUCAACAGAAGUCACAUCACAAGAUGCUGAACCACGAAGAGUGUCCACCUAUUAAGGCAACGCAGGGUGCAUACUCAAUGUCGUCCUUGGUUCCUUUUUCAACUGGGAAAGAGGUCAAGAAUUUCCUCAAUGUCGUCCUUGGUUCCUUUUUCAACUGGGAAAAGAGGUCAAGAAUUUCCUCCAUGUCGGUCUUGGUUCCUUUUUCAACUAGGAAAAGAGGUCAAGAAUGCUAAGAUGCAACGGCGAUCAUACUAGCUCUAAUGAUCCUAUCUGGAACAUGUGAAAGAUGAGGAGCGGCGAAUCCAGAAAUUGCGUAAUUUGUGCUGGAAGUCACUCUUGCUCGAACGAGUCACCUUUAAAGACUGCGAGUAUUGGGACUUAGUUUCAGAACACCUAGAUAGUAGAGAAGACACAUCGAAACGAGUACGAGAUAGUAGAAAAGACACUUCGAAACGAGAUAGUAGAGAAGACUCAAUUCCGGGACGAGAUAGUGGUGGAGACACUUCGAAAAGAACUUCUCAGCAACGUCGGCGAUCGCCCACCAGAGCCGGAAAAGAGGAAAGACCUACAGACGUCGACACAGAGGAUGUAACAAGGACUCCAACAAAAGACAGCAACACUAGGUCAUCUACGAGAACUACAAGUGAUAGGAAAACUGCAAUUAAGGCUAGUUUUUCGCUAUUCCAUGUCAAGUUACUAUACUGAGCAGUGGGUUCUCCUUAGAGUUAGAAUUAGCAUAUAGUCCUCCUAUGGAAAAAAAAAAUCAAGCGGAAACAAGGUGGGGUACACGUGAACUCUACUCAGUCAACCACGCAUAGUGAAAUGAAGCUAGCGCUAAUGCAAGUACUUCCGAUAACAAGAUAGAGCGUGACAGGUCGUCAGAGCGGGACCGCAACAUCACGUCGCUGAUUAAGCGUGACGUGAAUCGAACGCUACCUUCGGAGCCUUUGUUUCAAACGCAUGAAGGUCAGCAAAGACUUUUUCGAGUUCUCAAGGCUGUUUCCAGACGCUUGUGGGAAGUGGGGUAUUGCCAAGGCCUCAAUUUCGUCGUGGCGACGCUCCUGCUGCAAUUUGAGUAAGAUGGCUGGUUGUGCUACUUCUUCACUACGAAUACGUACAACCUUGAAACAAGUAAAACGAGCUUGAAAAUAAUAGACAACCACGUGGACUCUGGUGAGCGGAUAACCGGGGGUUCCUUAUCUACUUCGUUUAGUUCUCCCUCUUUCGUAAAUAUUAAGUUGUAGUCCUCACAUCUAGAGUACUUCUACUUUUACUCUGCAAUGGCCUCUUUAAUGAUUCGGAGACGAGCUGCUUGCUUUUCAGGCGAGCAUCGCAAUGCUGUGGCGUUUCCAGUUGAUCGAUUUUUAUUCCAAUGAGUUUCGCAAGAUCCGACCAACCGUCUGGAAAUUCGACCAAUUGGUCAAAGCUUUGCUGCCGAAGUUAUGUUGCUGACUUGAGUUUUACCAGGAAACGUGCGCGACGACGCAUGUCGAGGUCUUGGAGCGCUCGUCUUGUACUAUCACAAUGUGGUUGACUAAAUAAAACUAAAACAACCGGUUCGUUUUUAGCUCUAGCGUGUAACCCUUUCAACAAUACAAUGUAGUUGACUAUGCUGUGGGACGUGUGUGCAAGAUGUUACUUCCUCCAGUUGUCCCAAAUGAUAGUGCACUAUUUAACAUGCGGUCUUCCAACCCCAAGCCCAACGCCCUAGAUGAUACCUCUAACCCCUGUCGCGGCAACAUUCGAGAAACACGGCGUCUCCGCUGUGUACUACGCCUUGUCAUGGUUUAUGACUUUGUUUUCGGCAGAUUUGCCGCAGAAAAUCGUGAGACGCGUGUGGGACCUCUAUUUCGCUCACGGUGAACGCAUUAUCCAUCAAGUAGCGCUGGCGUUGUUGUAUAGGGUUCAACGAGAUAUUGUUGCGUUGGCGGGAAAUUUUGAUUAUGCAUUUUUGAGUUUACUGCAGUGUGUUGAGUACUCACAACUUCCUUGUACUUGAGGAGAAGAUUUAGAAGAACACACAGCGUAGACUGAUUUGAGUAGUGCUAGAUGUUUCAUCUUGUUGGCUUUUUUACUGCCUCCUGUUAUAAAUCAACGGAAAUAAGGGAAGUAGGCGACGUCCCAUUUUCGUCUAAUUCAAGCACCUUCUGAAAUUCCUGAAGACGUUUUUGAAACAGGGUUAUGGCAGUCUUACGAGCAGUAGCAGUUCGGCGAGCCUCAGUUCAUCUUCAACGAGUGGCGGUUCGACGUCAGCAGGUGACCUACAACGUUCCCAGUCCAGACAAGAUGAAAAACCUGGAGCUUUCUCGAGGGCCUCGUCAUCGGCUUCCUUAGCAGGUCCGAAUGAAGAGCACCAAAGUACAUCAAGCCAACAGGAGCACAUCAAGCCCCAGAACCAAGAAGAGCUUCGUCAAUUAGGAGAACGAGAACGACAAGAGGACCUAGGACAACGGCAAGGUGCUCCUCCCGCAACAACUUCGACAAGAAGCGGAGGUGGGGGUAGCUCUUCUAGUUCAAAAUUGCUAGGAACCUCCGAAAACUCUGAGCUUCCUGCCUGGAUGAGUCCCCAAGAAUUGUUGAAGAAUUGGGAUGUUGAGGCGCUCUUGCACACGGCUCUCUCUCAUUUCCCCGUCUCCCAUGGUCUGCUGGCAGCUCUCGAC